AUGGGUAGAAGGAAGUCAAGCAGAAAACCACCACAAAGAAGAAAGAAUAUCGAGGCCCUGGACAUUUGCUUUGAUUGUCCCUUCUGCAAUCACGAGAAGUCCUGCGAAGUUAAAAUGGACAAAGGACGAAAUGCUGCAAAAACAUCCUGCAGGAUCUGUAUGGAGGACUAUCAGGCCUCUAUCAAUAUGCUGUCUGAACCUUUGGAUGUUUACAAUGAUUGGAUAGAUGCUUGUGAAAAUGCAAACUAA